AUGGACAGCGUGCUGGACCCGUUCUCGGGACUCGACUCCUUCUCCUCCACCAUCUCUCCGGCGUAUUUCGACGACGACGACUUCUUCACGGAACAGUCCUCCGGGGACAGACACCUGGACGCGGACGACUUCCUGGACGACGACGUGGACUUCCUGUCGAGCCACCUGCAAGACUACUAUGGCAAAGACGCGGCGGCGGCGCACGACGCGGACUACGACCUCGGAGACCUGUCCUUCUCCUCCUCGUCCUCCACCUUCUCGUACGGCGGCGCCGACAGCAACCCGGAGAUGUCCCCGCGCAUGGGCCUCCACCACCACCACCUCCACCAUGGUGGCGGCGGCGGGCCGCUGAUGAAGCGGCGGCGGCGCAUGAGGUCCGACACGGAGAUGCAGCACCUGCGGCAGGCGGCGAACGUGCGCGAGCGGCGCCGGAUGCAGUCCAUCAACGACGCGUUCGAGGGGCUGCGCACCCACAUCCCCACGCUGCCCUACGAGAAGCGGCUGUCCAAGGUGGACACGCUGCGGCUCGCCAUCGGAUACAUCAACUUCCUCGCGGAGCUCGUGCAGUCCGACCUGCCCAUCAGGAGCUCCAGCAGCGAGACGCACGCGCAGCCCAAGAAGGUGAUCAUCUGCUACCGAGGAACCAGGUCUCCCUCCCCCAGCGACCCGGACUACGGCCUGCCCCCCUUGGCCGGACACUCGCUCUCCUGGUCGGAUGAGAAGCAGCUCCGGGAGCAGAACAUCAUCCGCACCGCCAAGGUGUGGAUCCCGGAGGACCCCCGGAAGCUGCACACCAAAGCGGGCCUCACGGACAUAGAAAAUGAGCCCCCCUUCGGCCUGGCGCUGUGAAGGGAACCGCUGACCACGCGCACACGUGAAGACUCUUAUUGUGACAUGCGCACUUGAUGGCGCACGAGAAGCUUAUGUUCUGUACAGAUAUUGUAUUCAAUGGUGUAAAUAGUUUUAUCAUGUUGAUAAUUUAAUUAUUGUGUAAUUCAGGUAACUAGCAAUCAUGUAUUUAUUACUGUGUUUUUGUUUUUCCACGAGUGUUAAUAUACUUUUUAAUUUAAUCGCAAUGAAUGAGAGAAACUUAUAUUUUGAUACUGUUGUAC